AUGUUAAGCAUUCCUGUCUCUUUAUCAUCUACCGCUCCCCCAUCCCCCUGUGGUCCUAUUCUUUUCAGUGACCCACCCGUUGUUCUUGCACACAAAAUCCCCAACGUUCUGGACGGCACCAGCCUUCCGGAGUGGAAGAAAGCGAGCAUUGCCGAGCGAUUGCGUGUGCAGUAUGAGUCUCAAGCCCUUUCACUGGACGAUUUCAUGGAACUUUUCAAGCUUCUCGAUCUCCCGUCUACGGCCAAAAAGGUUGGUUCUACCUCUCAGAGCUCAUCACUUUAUAAGCGGUUGACGUAG